AUGCCGUACCAGCUGCCCACCGGGAAAAAGCCCGACUUGUCGCUGGCAUGGGUGUGGGGCUGCAUGGCACAGUUCUUGGUCCCCGAGCAGCAGCGUGGUGGGAAGCUGAAGCCGAAGGCCAAGUGGGGCCUUCAUCUCGGCGUGUCGGAGGAGAGCAUGGGCUGGGAGCUCCUCGACAUCGCCGACAACCGGGUGGUCACCACGUCGGACGUGGUCUUCUACGAGGACAUGUCGCUGGAGGUGUGGACGUUGGAGCACUGGCCGGCGUCGGGACAAACGCCUACUACCCCGCCGACCGAGACCUCGACGGCGUCGCUCCAUUUGCUCGCCGGGGUCAGUGAGCCUGCAGCUAAGGAUGUCAGGGAUGUCCCCUCUCCCUCCCCCUCCCCUGCCCCUCCUUCCCCUCCCUUUGUUGCCAAACUACGUGGGCUGACUCCGGUGUCGGCCUCUGGCGAUGAGGUGUGCAGUGGAACGCCGUCUCUGGCGCCGGCCAAGAGCAUCGCCGGUGGCCGACGUGACGAGCAGCAAGUCGACGUAGGAGGGAAGUCGAAGUUGAUAGGGGAGGAGCAGGUCGAGGAGGUGCAGCCGACUUGGGUGAAGCCGGCGAAGAAAGCACCAACAGGGCAGCAGUCGACAGGGGAGCAGGCAGCAACAAAGCCAACCAAGGAGCAGUCGGCGACCGGGCUGUCGGCAGGGGAGCUGACCAUAGGGGAGACGUUGGCUGGGAAGCAAACCGAGUCAGGCCGAAUUCGGAGGCCACCCGACUUCUUCGUCCCCGCUGCCUUCACCACGGUGUACGACGUGGACGACGAUGACCUGGCGUACGACGACGCCGAGGAUGAUGAGGAGUUUCCGGAGCUCGACCCCAACAGGCAUGCCAACCCCAAGCACCGUUGGGAUAUCUCAAUGACGACGGUGAAGAAGGCGUUGGCGAGCUGGAAGGGCCCGGCGGUGAAGGCCGCCAUGGAGGAGGAGAUCCGCAGCCUCAUCAACAUGGGCACGUGGGAGCUAGUCGAACGCACACCGGGAGCGAACAUCAUGAAGAACCAGUGGGUGCUGAUGACGAAGUACCAUAUCGACGACAACGUCGAGCGCAAGAAGUAG